AUGCAAGUACUAAUGACACUAUGGUGUCUAAUAUGCACAUGCCUGGUGGUACCAGUGGCCGCCAAGAAAAGGACGCUCACAGCGAGCUCAUUGGUCACGUGCAUGGAAAACUCACAGCUUUCAGCCAAUAGUUUCGAUGUGUCAUUUUCUCCAGACGAUAGAUCGCUACAUUAUGAUCUGGAUAUGACUACACAGAUUGACUCUUACAUAUACGCUUAUGUGGACGUGUAUGCUUACGGGUUUAAGAUUAUUACGGAGAACUUUGAUGUGUGUUCUAUGGGUUGGAAGCAGUUUUGCCCUGUACACCCAGGUAACAUACAAAUUGACUCUAUUGAAAAAAUUGCCGAGAAGUACGUGAAAAUGAUUCCAGGAAUCGCUUACCAAGUGCCUGAUAUCGAUGCCUACGUAAGAUUGAACAUUUAUAACAAUGUCAGUGAAAAUUUGGCUUGUAUCCAGGUUUUCUUUUCCAAUGGGAAAACUGUUUCACAAAUCGGGGUUAAAUGGGUCACAGCUGUUAUUGCCGGUAUUGGUCUACUAACUUCAGCUGUCCUGUCGACCUUCGGGAACUCCACAGCUGCAUCUCACAUCUCUGCAAACACCAUGUCGCUGUUCUUAUACUUCCAAUCUGUCGCUGUGGUCGCAAUGCAACACGUAGACAGUGUUCCACCUAUUGCUGCUGCCUGGUCUGAAAACCUUGCUUGGUCGAUGGGCUUGAUCCGUAUUACGUUUAUGCAGAAGAUUUUUCGCUGGUAUGUAGAUGCAACCGGAGGCUCUCCGUCUUUGUAUUUGACCGCAACAACAAUGUCAGUGCUUACGCAAAGAGGACUAGAUUACCUUAAAAAAACUUCCAUUUACAAGAGGGCGGAAAAUGUCUUGUAUGGUAAUGCAAACACUUUAAUCUUUAGAGGUAUCAAAAGGAUGGGGUAUCGUAUGAAAAUUGAAAAUACCUCCAUUGUUUGUACUGGAUUCACAUUCUUUGUGCUGUGUGGGUAUUUUUUGGCUGGCUUCAUUAUGGCCUGCAAAUACGGUAUUGAAUUAUGUAUAAAAUGCGGUUGGAUGCGAAGUGAUAGGUUUUACCAAUUUAGGAAGAAUUGGAGGUCGGUUCUCAAAGGGUCGUUGUUAAGAUACAUUUACAUUGGAUUCACACAACUGACAAUUUUAAGUUUUUGGGAAUUUACUGAAAGGGAUUCUGCCGGUGUUAUUGUUAUUGCAUGUCUGUUCAUCGUCUUGUCAUGCGGGUUGAUGAUAUGGGCUGCGUACAGAACCAUAUUUUUUGCAAGCAAAUCUGUGGAAAUGUACAAUAACCCAGCUGCUUUAUUGUACGGUGACGAAUACGUUUUAAAUAAGUACGGGUUUUUCUACACCAUGUUCAACGCAAAGCAUUAUUGGUGGAAUGCCCUCUUAACCACGUAUAUUUUUGUCAAAGCCUUAUUUGUCGGAUUUGCACAAGCAUCGGGUAAGACACAAGCAUUGGCUAUUUUCAUUAUCGAUUUGGCGUACUUCAUUGCCAUCGUUCGUUAUAAACCAUAUUUGGAUCGUCCAACAAAUAUUGUCAACAUUUUUAUUUGUACUGUCACCUUGGUCAACUCUUUCCUUUUCAUGUUUUUCUCAGACCUAUUCAACCAAAAGUAUGCCGUAUCUGCCAUCAUGGGCUGGGUGUUUUUCAUUAUGAAUGCAGCGUUUUCUUUGAUAUUACUGUUGAUGAUUCUGGCCUUUACCACAAUCAUUCUGUUUUCUAAGAAUCCUGAUUCUAGGUUUAAACCAGCAAAGGACGACAGGGCAUCUUUCCAAAAACACGCUAUUCCUCAUGAAGGUCCUUUGAAUAAAUCAGUGGCCAACGAAUUAAUGGCUCUAGGUAACGUGGCAAAGGACCAUACCGAAAAUUGGGAAUAUGAACUAAAGAGUCAAGAGGGUAAAAGUGAAGAUAACCUUUUCGGCAUUGAAUACGAUGAUGAAAAAACCGGAACUAAUUCAGAUAAUGCUGAAAGUAGUAGUAAAGAAACCAGUCGCCCAACGUUUUCUGAAAAAGUUUUACGUUCAUUAUCAAUCAAAAGGAAUAAGAGUAAACUAGGUAGUUUUAAGCGAAACAUUCCAGAUAAAGCAGCACAGCAAGAUGUUUCGCCUGACCGCGAAAGCUCUUCGCCUAACAGCAAGUCAUACCCCGGUGUUUCGCACACAAGGCAAGAAUCUGAAGCGAAUAAUGGGCUAAUCAACGCAUAUGAAGAUGAGCAAUUUAGUCUAAUGGAACCAAGCAUACUGGAAGACGCUGCUAGUUCCACCCAAAUGCACGCUAUGCCAGUACGAGAUUUGAGCUUGAGCAGUGUUCCAAAUGCCCAAGAUGUCACUAAAAAAGCAAACAUCUUGGAUCCUAAUUAUUUGUAA